AUGUCUGAUCUUGUCUUGGAUGUUGCUCCCUUAUCCAUGAUUCCUGCACCCACUCAGAAGAAAGCAAAGCCAUAUGUUUCAAAGAAUGUCAAGACUUCUGAAAGUCAUUCAGAUGUUUUUCCAGAUGUUCAAACAUCUUUGGAAAAAGAAACUAGCCCUGAUGGUGAUUCUAGUGAAAAAGAUGAUGAAUGUGUCCCUGAGCAAGCUUCUCAUGAAAGAAGGAGUAAGAAGAAGGCUAAUUAUUUUAUCAAUGUGGAUGACCUAAAAUAUGAUGAGGAACCUCUUACCAACAUCUUGUCAACUGGAAUAGCCAAGAGACUUCAAAGAAGAAAAGGAAAGGCUGUGAUGUUUGAAGAUUCUCCUUCUAAGGAGAUAAAAAGAAAAUCAGGUGGUAUGAAAAGCACUCCCUCUAGAAGUUCCAAAGGAAAAUCUCUUGUUGGUCUUGUUAUAUCAUGGAGUAAAGUUGUUACUCCCACGAGGAAGAGGAAAGUUGUUUCUUCAAGUGAUUCUGAGUUUGAGGUCAAAGAGGACAUCCAGGACAUCACUCCUGUGAGAAGAUCUACUCCAAAGAAGUCUUAUGAUGUUGUGCCUGAGGCUCCACUAGACAACGUGUCUUUACAUUAUGUGAAGAAUGCUGAAAGAUGGAUGUUUGUUAUUCAAAGGAGGAUAUCUUUGGAGAGGGAAUUGGGUAAGGAUACCCUAAAAUGUAAGGAGGUUGUGGAGCUUAUAGAGGUUGAUGGUUUGAUGAAGACUGUCAUAAAAUUUGGUCCUUGCUAUGAAGAUCUAGUCAAGAAGUUUGUGGUGACCAUUCAUGAUGGGUGUGAUGAUGUGAAGAGUGAAGACUAUAUGAAGGUGUAUGUUAGAGGAAAUGUCUUGACAUUUUCUCCUGCUGUAAUUAACAAGUUUCUGGGAAGGACUGAAGAUCCUCAUGCUGAGCUAGAGGUUACAGAUGACCAAGUGUGCAAGGAGAUAACUGCCAAGCAGGUGAAACACUGGCCAAACAGAGGAAAGCUGUCAGCUGGGAAGUUGAGUGUCAAGUUUGUUUGGAAAGUUGAUGAUUUGAGAAAUGUGGCGUACGCCAAUUAUUCAAAUAAUCAAGGAAUGGCGAAGCGAACGCCUCCCAUUCAAUCGAUUAAAGUUUAA